AUGGAGAAGACCGACUCCAAUGCGAACAGUAUCAUGUCACACGACUUUGCGAAAGAUAAUCAAGAGAAAGUCGAUAUCGUCGAGGGUGAAAACCAUGCAAGAACGCCUGAGUCAAAUGUACAUCAACCUUUCCAAAAAUGGAUGGACAGCUUUCAUGCACAUCGACGGGUGAGGCAAGACAUUCCUGAAAGAGAUGUGAUGGGAUGGCACGACGAUGAUCAGCCGCAGUCCGUUUCUUAUCACAAUCGCAUCGAGGUCAUUGAACCACGUCGCAACUCAACCUCGUCGGGUUAUUCCUCCCAACUCGGAACCGCGAAAACAAUCUCUGUGACGGCCACCAAUUUCAGCGGGGGAUCUCGCAGAGAAAGAGCUCAGAGCAGCGCCGGACUCAGCGGUUUCUCAGGCAAUCGAUAUUCGGUUGAAAGCUCGCGACCACCCUCAAGUCACACUGCCGAUGAGGCAGCUGAUGAAAGAGCGAAGACAAGACGUCGUAUUCUUAACGAGCUACUCAGAACGGAGGCAGAGUAUGUGACUGGCUUGAAGGCACUAGCUCAGGUCAUCUCGUGCUUCGAGCUCAGGCUCCAGCUGUCGCGAAGUGUCGAGGCAAUCCGCGCUGUCCAUGCCAGGUUUUUGACCCAUCUGCAGGCAAUUGCUCCGUUGUCUACAAUGGACACGGAUGCAUCUUCUAUCCCAGCACCCAGGGGACUUUCGGGCCGCCUUGGCAGUGUCAAGCUAACUGGAUUCAAGAGAAUGCGAAGCCGUUCUCUGAGAACCCGAACCUUUGACAUGAAGAUGAUCCGACGCCUCAAAGCUAUGCAGGCGGAACCAUUGGAGGCCCUCGAGAUUGCACGCGCUAUCGACAAUCUGACACUAUCGUUUUUUGUAUACCGAAACUUUUGCGAAAACUUUGAGAUCUUCACUCGAGAUUUGGAAGUCCUGCAAGAAUCGCUCCCCGAUUGGCCAAGUCUUGAUCAGGGCCUCGAAGCGCUGUCCAGAUCAGCUACGCCUCUCAAGUAUCGAAAGUAUGACAAGAACAAAUCAAUGACGUUCAAUGACUUACUUAUGAAGCCCAUCCAGCGCCUUUGCAAGUAUUCGCUGCUCCUCCAGGAGCUGCUCAAGCAAACCUGGAUUUCUGAUUGUCCAUCUUCUCAUGAUGGAAUCGGUCAAAUUUUGGUUCACCUACAUUCCUCAGUGGCCGAGAUUAAUGCAUUGACUGGGAAUCCUCUCACGAAAGACCGAAUUCAGAAAACUAUGCUUCUCCAACAGAAGAUCGAGCCCACUGGAUCGUCCAAUCUGCAGGACAUUUACAAAGAUCUAGGUCCACUGCAAAUGUGUGGUGUGUUGUUCGUCACUUAUCAAACGCCCGGCCAGACGACUGGAAGUUUCAUGGUCUGCGCGCUUUUUCAUUGCUACUUCUUGCUCGCCAGAAGAGUUCAUGACAGCAAGCGACUGGAAGUCAUCGCUUGUGUGUAUCUGCUCGAUUUGAAGGAAGAUUCAGUCCAGAACGGGCAAGAUGCGCUAACUCCGAGUGUUUCCAAAGGCCUCUUUUGUUACGAAUGUUUCUAUUCGUGGAAGUUUGUGUUUCGAGCCGAUGGAAGUUAUUACGAAUUUGUUUUCAGUGCGUCUUCUGCAACAGAGGAGAAAGUCUGGCAGACCGAGAUUUUGAAAUGUUCCGCAGCGAUCACUGAGAAGGGGCUCCUACAAGCCGGCUGGAGACCUCGAGAGUUUUCCAUUCUGAACCUGCCGCUGGUCUCUCUGCAUCAGCUACGUUAUCAAGUGAGCUCUCUCGCUCGGCGCUCAUCGAUGGACGUUGCAACCGUCGCCCGCAAGACAAGAGUUCAGGACGUGGUCAUCAAAAAGACACGCCUCCCCUAUCAAGCAGAUGUGGUAGACCACUCGCCAGAGGGAGAGAUUGAGAGACCCAAGACCACUGUGCCGCCGGGGGCAGUGGUUGUGGUUGCGAAGCGCGCGGAACGAAUUCGGCUUGAGGCGUUGAUCUCGGAUAUCUACACGCGUGAAGUCUUGCCCUUUCCCGGGAUGGGUCUCAGCCGGAGCGAUCAAUUUCGCCGCCGCUCAAUCAUGCGCCAUCUCUCCAUCCACGCCGGAUUCGGUAGACGAUCUACUUCAAAGGAAUUUCCACGCCAAAGAGAGUCUGUCGGAAGCGAUGUAGAACCUGUGGAUGAUUUCAGCGCGGAAGAAAAGCACCUUGUACCCGCGAUGGUUGACGGGGCAGAUGAUCUCCGCUGCUCGGCGGAUGCCGCCUGUGCAAGGCCCCGGACUCCCACGACCGACGCAGAACGUCAACGAACGAUUCGGUUCCAGGAUCCUCCUGGAAGUUUGUCUGAUUCGAUAAGUACAGAAGAAGUUGAGCAAUUGAACCACGGUGAACCGUCGACCCCCGUCUCUCCCUCUCGCAAGAAAUGGUUCGGUUCAUUUUCGCCUCGGAGACUGCGACGAUCCCGAGCGAGCGUAGAGCUUGAUGCUCUGACUGGCAAUUGA